CUAUUGAUUUGCAACGCGUUGCACAACUCCUGUUCGCACGCAAACUUACUCGCAGCGCUUCAGCCUUUUUCCCUUUCUUCCAUCAUUCCCUCUAGGGUUUCCACUGAUAGUUGGUUUUUUUCUGCAAUCAAAGGAUCACGAUCAGGAAAACGAGCAAAAAACACUACAUUUGUGCAAGAGGGCAGAAGAAUAGAUCGCAGUAACUAUGCAUAAGGCGAAAACCCAUCAUACGGAGACUCAUGGAAUGAGCAAUGACAUGGAUGAGAACACACCAGUGGACGAAGUUAAAGGCCCAAAUGUGUUUGAACGAGCUAAGGAGGAGAUCGAGGCCAUUGUGGAGGCUAUCAGUUCCAAGAAAGAACCCCAUCACGAUUCACCCACAAAGAAAGAGGCAGAAAGUGUUGUGGAAGCACCUACUUUAACUGUGAGGGCAAACGAAAAGGCGAAAACAUUGAACAGGGUUAAAACCCAUGAUAAGGAGACUCAUGGUUCCAGCAAUGACAUUGAUGAGAACACACCUGUUGACAAAGUUAAGGGGCCAAGUGUAUUUGAAAGAGCUAAAGAAGAGAUUGAAGCCCUUGUAGGAACAAUUCAUCCAAAGAAAGAACAUAAUAACGAGUGAAUGUGAAGUUGAUCUUCUUGGUCUUACAUCACCUUUCUUCAGAGGCUGGAGUAUUGAUCGAUGGAAGAAGGAAAAGGGUUGUCGCCAUGAUGUUUGGGAACUUAUAGAUGAAUGAGUCUUGUAUUUUAAGGAUUGUUCGUCCUGUCAAUUGAUGUUCAGGCUGCAAGCAUAAUUAGUUUUUUGCUGCAAAUAAAAAAAAAAGAAAUAAUGAAUCAGUUUCCAGAAAUAUCACUUCUACAAACUGGCUUCCGUUAACAUGGUGAUCCUUUACA